AAACACCUGCUGCUGUGUGAAAGCUGGGGCCAGUCUGACAUAACACGUCAGCAACAAUAACAGGAAGCUGCUGGAUUGGGAAUAACUCUUGAGAAAUGCAUUUUCCUCAAUAAUGUGGCGGAUUAUGUAGUAAAUAACUUGCUGCAGAAAGACGCCAACGCAGCUGAGGAGUGCUGGUAAAGCCAUGAGCAGCCCACCCAGCCCUUCACCCUCCAGAUGGUUCAAAUCUUUAAGAAGGACCAGACUAGGGGAGGCGUGCUUGAAGACGUACCCUGUGCAAUGCCAGGAUCUUCUCAAGCGAGCCCGGGUGGCGUUCCGAGCGGAGCGCAGCGUCAAGGAGAGCUUCAGGCUGGCCCAGCUGGAGGCGGUGGUGCGGAUGCUGGAGGAACACGAGUGUGACUUUGUGGAUGCUCUCGGGAGGGAUCUGCAUAAACCACGCUUUGAGACUGUGGUGUCCGAGUUAAUCCUGGCGAAGAACGAGGCUCUUUUUGCCGUCAACAACCUGAGGAAGUGGAUGCAGCCUCAGCACGUGGAGAGAAACCUGGCCACGACGCUGGAUGAGUGUAUGGUGGUCAACGAGCCGCUGGGGGUUGUGUUCAUCGUGGGGACCUGGUGUAGUCCUGUCCAAAUGUGUCUGGUUCCGCUGGUGGGGGCCAUUGCAGCAGGUAACUGCGCCAUCAUCAGUCCUUCUGAGUGCACAACUCACACAGCAACACUUCUCCAUCGUCUCGUCCCCUCCUACUUGGACAAUGAAUGCUUCCAUGUGAUUCUUGCAGGCACCAAUGACUUGGCUGACAUUGUGGAACUUAAAUUUGAUCAUGUCUUCUUUUCUGGAACCAGAGAGGAAGGAAUUCGAAUCGCUCAGGCUGCAGCUCAAUCUCUGACACCGGUCACCCUUGUUCUGAGUGGAAAGAACCCGUGUUACGUGGAUCAGCACUGUGAUGUGGCCGUCACAGCCCAACGUAUUGCCUGGGCCCGCUUCCACAACGCCGGCCAGAGCAUAGUGGCUCCUGACUACAUCCUGUGCCAUUCAGAUGUCCAAACCCGGCUGGUGCAGGCCCUGAAGUGCUGCCUGAUGAGGUUUUAUGGAUCUGAUCCCAGAGAGUCGCGCAGCUUUGGCCGGAUGGUAAAUCUGGAUAUCUUUAACCGGACUAGAGACUUGCUGUGGAGAUCUGGCAAGGUGGCCGUAGGCGGACAGGUGACGGAGGCCGAGAAAUAUAUUGCCCCAACAGUUUUGACCGAGGUGACGGAGUCAGACCCCAUCAUGCAACAAGAUGUCUUGGGUCCAGUUCUUCCUGUUCUUACAGUAAACAAUGUGGAUGAAACCGUUGCCUUCAUCAACAAGCAGGAGAAAGCGCUUUGUGUGUACGUGUAUUCCAACAACAGCAAGGUGAUAUCCAGAAUUAUGAGCGAAACCUCAAGUGGAAGCUUUUGUUCCAACGACUGCUCCUUGCAGAGUCUGAUGGUGGCUCUUCCUUUUGGAGGAGUUGGUGCCAGUGGAAUGGGUUCCUAUCAUGGACGCUCCAGCUUCGAUACUUUCUCACACAGAAAAUCCUGCCUGCUAAGAAGCACGCGCUUCGAGUGUGUGACCUAUUUGCGUUAUCCGCCCUACGAGGACCGCAAUCUGUCCCUUAUGGCGUGGGCGAGCACUCUGUCCCAGAAGAGCCAGGGCUGGUGCCAGAUCCUAUGACGUGUGGUAUUUAGAAGGGUUAUGCUGGAACCAAAUACAUAUUAAGAAGCUCUUUAUGUAUUCUAUAAUUACAAAAUGACACACCUAUUCUCUUAUUGACCAUCGAAUGUACCAGUGUUGAUUUAUAGAACACACAAGUGAAAUUAAUGUUUUUGAAUGACAAGUGGAAGAAGAUUGUGAAUUGUAUGUUCUUACUGAACUUAAUGAUUUUGUAUAAAAAUGCACCCAAAUCAA